UCAUGUGACUGGAUACCCCCUUCAGGAGCUCCCGUAAGAUUAAGUUAGGUACAAUAUCUUGGAAGGCUGAAGAAUUCCCAUGAGAGACAGCACUAUAUUCAGAUGAAAACAUGUCAACGAGGAAAACGAACGGGAUAUAAACAGAUCACACUAAACCUUGUUUGUAAACUUGUGUUUAAAGGACAUAGCAGCAAUGGCCAACAAUGAACCAACAGAAACAACAGCUCUUCUUGCUGAUUCCCAACCCCCAGAACCAAGUUUGGAGACCGAAACACUCCUAGGAAAUGUUCGGUCUGGAACCUCAAAGACACGGAAAAAAGAAUUACCACAGCCGUUUGCCGCCCUGGGCUCCCCGGCUUCUAUUGAAGUGGAGAUUGAUAAUGGAGAAGGUCUCUACAUCACACAGAGUCUGAGUAGCUUACAGAACAGCAGCAAGACUCCAGUUCAUCUCCGUACAUCGAAUCUCGCCAGUUUGAUGCAUUUGCUGAAAGGUAACAUAGGCACUGGGGUUCUGGCCAUGCCGUCUGCUUGUAAAUACGCUGGCUUAUGGGCCGGCCCUGUUGGUGUCUUAGUUAUAGGGUUCAUAGCCACACACUGUAUGCACAUGUUAGUCAACUGUAGCCGAAAGCUGUGCAAAAGGCGAGAAGGACUCUAUGCAUUGGGAUAUGCGGAGAUUUUAGAAGAAAGCUUGAGAACAGGACCACCUCGUUUACAGAGAUUCCACAGACAUGGCCGGUACACAAUUAACGGCUUCCUGCUUCUAACUCAGUUUGGAUUCUGCUGUGUAUACAUCCUAUUUAUUGCACAGAACAUUCAACAGGUGGUAAAUUCAUUCCACUCGAAUGGUCCAGACGUGAAAGUUUACCUGCUGGUAUCAGCGGCCCUCCUUAUACCCUACUGCUUCGUGAAGAACUUGAAACACCUGGCUCCAUUCUCAACAUUUGCAAACCUGCUGGUGAUCGUGGGCCUUGUGAUCGUGUUUCAGGAGCUUGUUCAGGGCCUCCCAGAUGUCAGCACUCGCCCUGCUAUACUUCCCGUAGAUAAACUUCCGCUUUACUUUGGGACAGCGAUGUUUGCCUUUGAGGCCAUUGGCCUGGUGAUGCCUAUAGAAAACAAGAUGCGACACCCUGAGGACUUCGGAGGCUGUGCAGGUAUCCUCAACCUAGGGAUGACCUUUGUUGUCUGUCUCUACACAGCUAUGGGUUUCUAUGGUUACCUCAAAUAUGGCGAUCAAGCAGAAGGCAGUAUUACCCUGAACCUACCGGGUAAAAAUUGGUUGUUUACUACAGUAAACUUGAUGUAUGCCAUGGCCAUCUUUAUAUCCUAUGGUCUACAGUUUUAUGUAGUCGUCCGAAUCAUCUGGCCAGCGUUAGAAGCAAAGAUCAGCUCGAGGAAAGCCAAGAUUGUAUCGGAGUACAUUUUUAGGACAGCGCUGGUACUUGGCACAUGUGGAAUAUCCAUGGUGGUGCCACACCUUGACCUGAUGAUAUCCUUGGUUGGCUCCCUUGCCAGUAGCUCUCUAGCCCUGAUGUUUCCUCCUCUCAUUGAGAUCAUCACAUAUUCAGCUGAAGGAGAGCGUCUCUCUGCCAUCAAAGUCUUUAAGAAUGUCCUCAUCAUACUGCUGGGCAUUGUAGGGUUUGCCACUGGUACGUUUGCCGCCCUGAAUGAAAUAAUUAGGACAUUCCAGGACCCUUCCGGUGGUGAUGUAGGCAGAAAUGCAACUAUGGUUGCUGGAUGGGAUAUUUCACACUCAACAACCUACAGCUGAUUGUGGUUGUAUGGUAAUUUUUUAUCUGUGAUAAUAGCCUUCUCGUCAUUUCAAUCAUUUACCAUAAAUGUAUCAACUUGUUUUUAAUACCUUUGUUCUUCUGUCAAUGAUUUUUAGAUAAAUGGUAAAUUUUCCAGCUCAAAGAGGAAUUUGAAGAGACAAAAACGUUUUUCUCUGGGGAAAUCUUACCUGUAAACAGUUUUGAUUUCAGGUCUGAGUUGGGCCCUGGGUCCUUGCCAUAUUUUUUGUUGCUCACGUUUAGUGUAUAGAUUUGUUUUCCUCACUGUUUUCACUGUCAUUAAUUAUUUUUGCCAAAAAGAAAGUAGUUGAAGGAAGAUUUGGAGUUAGAUAGCUUUUCAGUUGCUUUAGAAUUUGUAGCAAUAAUGUGCAAUUAUACUUAAAGAAGUUUCAUCAGUUUUGAAAUCAUUGUGAAUGACAUUGUAGAUGUUAAGGUGUCAGAAUGUUUUAAGACCGACAGGUCCCUUUCUAAAGCUAAGGCUGUGAUUAUAAUUGUCUUGUCAUUUGAAGUGUAAAUAAAUACAGAUUCAUAGUUCACAAAAAAGGAACUGUUUUGUAAAUUUAACUCUGAAAAGAAUAUCCAAAACACUGACACCUAGAUACUGAAAUCCAGAUGCUGUGAAAAUGAUUAAUUUUUUUAAAGGAAAGUUCCUCUCUGCAAGAUAUUUUUUUUUAUGCACAACCUGAAAAUAUUCACAAAUUCAACACAGCGUUUAGCAGUAGGAAUGUAAAAUGAUACAACAUACUAAACCAAAUGACAAACCCCAAAUUUAACACUGUACAAAUUCAUACUGUUUCACAUCACUGAGGAAUCAACACUGGUUAGAUCGGACCUGGUGUUUUGUUUGAAGUGGAACACAGGGUUACCUCCACUUCCAAAAGUGUUCAUUUUGAACUGUUAGGUAUAUACAUGUAAUAAUUUUAAAUGAAUUGUAGCAGACCAUUUAAUAACCAAUGUUCUAUACAUACAAGGAGUAUAAAUAAACCAAUCAUGUGUAUAACAUAGGAAAAAUGAAAUGAUCGUGUGAUAUUUAUGUGUCAAAAUAUUGUAUCGCACCUGAACAUUUCUGUUCAUUCCUCUGAGAAUAUAUUUUUGUAUUUGUAUAAAGAACAGUCAUUUGCAAAGUCCUAUAUACAAUGUAUCAUAUAAUGAUCCACAUUUACAACUACUUGACAUACUCACUAUGUAAGCCUAUCAAAUUAUAAAAUCAUUCCUAUAGAAUCUUAUCACUGACUGCACUGCACCAUCAUCAUCACACGGAAUGUGUGACAGAAUUGAGGACGUGAUGGGGGACAUUUUCAGAAAAUAAAGCGUGUUACACAUUGUUGAGCAAUUGUGACAUCACAUCACAUCACGUGAAACGGGGUGUAGGAUAGACAUUUCUUACACCCAGGUCUUACCCUGGAUAGCUCUAUCUUACACCCAGGUCUUACCCUGGAUAGCUCUAUCUUACACCCAGGUCUUACCCUGGAUAGCUCUAUCUUACACACACGGAAAUAACAGAAAGGGUUUUCUCUCAUUUCCCUGUAUGUAAGAUAGAGGUGUCUAGGGUAAGAUAGGGGUGUAAUUAAAUUGCCAAAUUUGAAAAUCCUGAGGUUUGAAUUUUCCUAUCCUACACCCCUGGGCAUGAAAGAGUCUUAUAAUCUUUUCCCCAGCAAAAUACAGGGAUACACAUACAAAGUGUGUGAGAAAUAGGAUUUGAAAGGCGUCUUUUCAAUUUUCAUGCUGGUAUGAAUGCAAGUUAGUUACAUAAGUUUUCCAUACAGCCUCAUAUUAUUGUGCAUUAUGUAACUCAUAAUAAUAUGUGAUGGGUAUCUACCACAAUAAUAGUGACGAUGUUGCUUAUUUAUAUCAUAUUUUUCUCGUUAGUUGAGUAAUUAUAUAAUGAGCAGCUUAAUACACACGAAUGCUAUCGAAACUUAGAAUGGGAAGGAGUAAUAGGAACACUUAAGAGUUACCUCACAUUUAAUGAUCAACAUAGUUUUCACAUUGGAAAUCAUAGAAUAUUUGUUAUCUUUUUGUUCCAAUUAUUAAUUUCUUUAUGCCUCUUUUUUUGUUCUUAUGUUUUAGCUAUGUUACAAUCAGACUUAUAGUCACAUACAUGAACACUUUGCCAUUUACUUUUUUAAAGGUAUUUUUUGGUUAUGUCAUGCCUGUUAGUAGGAACUUCUAUGGCUUACAUUUACCAUGUAAAUAUAAAAUGCCGUUUUCUACUGGAAUGAUGAUUAAAAAUUGUUGCUCAAUCCCAAAAGUUGUGGAAAAAAGCACAUCAUAAAAAUAUGAUUUUUGACAUUUUUGUUUUGUUUAUAGUAAAUCUGUUAUUUAUACAUUGUAUAUGUUGUCUUUUUUGUUGAGCAGGGUUGAACAAAUAUCAACGACUACCUUUAACACUUUCACUUCUAUGUAACUUAAGUAGACUCUUCCAUGCAUUGAUCUGGGUGAGUCCAUUAUGGUCUACAGUGGUGAAAGGUUAAAUAGGUCGGCAUGUUUAGCAUAAAUGCAUCAAAGGGAAACGACUCGGUUUUCUCCAUUUUAUAUUUUUUCAUAGUUCAACAAAUGAAAUCUUUUUAUAUAAAGCACUCAAUUAAGAUUUAAUUCUGAUUAAAUUUUUUCUAUAUGCUAUAGUUUCAAUUGUGUGUUUCCUCUUGUAAAAAGCUGAAUUAUGUUUUAGUUUGAGAGAGACAGAGAAAUGUUUAGAAUUUAAAUAAAUGUUAUCUUUCUUCAUGUUUUUUGAAUGCCAUAUUUUUAACGUUGAAUAAGAAUCUAAUUUUUAUUUUGUUGAGGUGUAAUUAAGUAUAUUGGGUCAAUAUGUAUAAAAAGAAUUGAUUCCAUUGUAAUUAAUUUGUUGUCAACAUUAUAUGAAUUUUUAACAUCCUAAUAUCUCACAAUAUAUACCAAUAUAUAGCAAUACCAUGCAUUCCUAAAUUUAAUUUUUUAUUUGUUCCUUUAAAAUG